AUGGACGAUACACAAGCCGACUGGGAUAAAUGGCGGCACCCUCUUGACCGCGACCUCCCUCACCCUUGGGUCCCCUCCUUCCCAGUACCUAUCGAUACCUCUUCCAAUACGCCCGCCACCGUCUCCAUCCUCGCCCGCUAUUCUCGUGAAAGCAGAAACUACCUCCUCCUCAUGAACUCCCUCUCAUGCCCGACUCUUACCUUUGAGCUCCAGGACCUCUCCCCAAACCAUGCAUUCUCGUUGGCCGAGCUGCAUUCCUUCUGCGGCAAGGCUGCCGGAAUGUACGCGAUUGCGGAUCUGAGAGGGAAGCCGGGCGUGCAACCGAGGCAGAGAGGUCUGUGUGGACGGCUCUAUGGGGAUUGGUUUAAGAUGGUUGAGAGUGAUUCGUUGUUUGAGACGCGCUUUUUUGCUCGGUUUAUGCAGACGGAUGGCUUGGACGUCGCGGACAUUGUCGCGCGUCAUAGAGCCCUGAGCCAGCAGCUCGAGACGCAGAUGAGAGACCCAGUUGAGCGGGUUGUGGAGGGAGAGGAUUUCGCCAGGAAGGAAGAAAGAGAGCAUCAUGGGGAGUGCACGUUGUUGCCGAGCUUCAAGGAUUUGGUCGUUGUAGUUGAGGAGCGGAGCUUCAGGGCUGAUGCCUUGCUUUUUGUUUUGGAUCCUGGACUGGCGCAAGGGAUUAAGGAGAUGGAAGGAGCAGAACAAAGCGAGAUUGGGGGACAAAAGGUUGUUAGAUUAAAAGCAGUCAUGGAAGAUAUCAUGCGUGCUGUGGUUGCGAUACAGAAGAAAUCUGCUGUGAAACACAAUGGCAUCACGGGAUGCUUUAGAGAGAACUAA